AUGGCGGAUACUUUCGACUUUGACGCUUUCAUCUCCUCUCCUUCGCAGGCAGAGGUCGCCCCACCUAUCUCCGCCAACAAAAACACCCUUGCCAAUGGCGCUGCCUCCACCGUCGAUAACCUCGGUAACGUGGUCGCCACCAGCGGUGUCAGCAAUCUCGACGGCGCCGCCGCCGCCUCGUCGCUGCUUGGUCCUACCAAAGACAUGAUCUCGUCCUUCUCUGAUCAAGGUAUGAACGUCGGAUUCGAUGCCAACGGUCUCCUGUCCAAUGGGACCCUCGACAUGAUGAGCGGCUCCGCGCUCAUGAGCCAGUCCAACUCGCUCAUUUUCGGCAGCAACCCCGGCGAUUCUUACGGAAAUGACCUCAUGGAUUCGUGGGACGUAGGCUCGACUGCCGCUGCAGCUAAUGGAGGCGCUUCCUCGUUCGAUUUUGCUGGUGUGCAGUCUGCGGGCAACGGUAAAGCCUCCACUGGUUCGAUGCCCACCUCGACAGCUCCUGUGCCACCUACAAUGACCCCGACAGAAGGAGCCAAACGCGACGUCACUGCAUCCUACCGCGGUCAGAUCGCUGCGCACCACUCCCAUCUCAUGAACACCCGCACAUUUCUCGGCCCCAACGGUGCUGGUAGUCGCAGCUCAUCCUCCAUCCCUCGCGUCUCCACCUUCAAGCGUAUUCCGCCUCCUCUGCAGCGCGGCAUCACGGCUCCCAAUGCUGCUCGAGCCAACCUCAGCCUACAAGAGCGCCGACGCCUCUCGCGACAGGCAGCAAAACAAGGCGCCAACGGCGCACAUCUUCAGCCAGCCUUUGUACCAACUGCACCGCAGGCUGCCGCGCCAGGGAUUGGCGGGCCUGUUCCUACUGUGGCCGGUCGCGGCGCUAAGCGUGGCAUCGCCGACGACAGCGGACAAAUCAGCAGCAGCCCCAUGCAUGCAUCACAUCUGCCUUCCCGCAGCGUCUCGUUCCUCAACGAUUCGUCUGGCUCAUCCGUGUCGUCGUCAAGCUUGUCGCCACAAAAGAUGCUGGAUAGCCGCUCAGGUAGCUUUGUGCCUCUGCUUUCCGGCGGCGCAACCAGCGGCGGUGUCGAUCCCCCGUCGCACGUCUAUCAGGGCAACUUCAAUACCACCUCGGGCGAGGCCAUCCCGACCUCCAACAAGUACUCGAGUUCUGGCGUUGAUGUGCUCGGGAUCUUGUCGCGUGCCAUCACCCGCGCCAACCCGAGCAUUGCCCUCGGUCCCGUCGACCUGUCGUGCUCCUUUGCCAUUUCGGAUGCGCGCCACCCCGAGCAGCCCCUCAUCUACGCUAGCGAGACCUUCUGCCACUUGACCGGGUACACGCUCCACGAGAUUCUCGGCAAGAACUGUCGAUUCCUGCAAACGCCCGGUGUGCCUCUCGAGUCUGGUGCUGAACGUAAACACACCGACAACCGCGCCGUCGAGCACCUCAAGCGACACUUGAUCGGCUUCCGAGAGUGUCAGGCGAGUCUCAUCAAUUAUCGCAAGGACGGCAGCCCGUUCAUCAACCUCGUCACUGUGGUGCCCGUCUCGUGGUCGGAUCCAUCGCAGGUCGACUUCCUCGUCGGCUUCCAGGUCGACUUGGUCGAGCAACCCGGCGCCAUCCUUGAGCGCAAGGACGACGGCUCCUACCUCGUCAACUACCGUUCCAUCAACGACCCGCCACACUCGGCCAUCCUGGGUGCGGACGAGAUGGGCAAGGACGCCGAUGCUGAAGCGUCCAAGCAAGCUGCCAUCGCUGCCGACAUUCUCGAUCUCAUCCACGGCGUGGGCCCCUGCGAUUCCAAGCAGUGGUCCCGCGUGCUCUUGGAAAAUUCGCACGACCUCAUCUAUGUGCUCUCUCUCAAGGGCACCUUCCUGUACGUUUCGCCGUCGAUCGAGCGCAUCCUUGGCUACACGGCCGAGGAAGUGAUCGGCAAGUCGAUUUCGGAAUUCUGCCAUCCUAGCGAUGUGGUCCCCGUCUUCCGCGAGCUGAAGGACUCGACGAGCAAUGCCAGCAUUGCAGCGGCCGCCUCGCGCAGCCUCCGCACAGAGGGGGUUGCCAAUCCGUUGACCAAGGGCGGAGGCGGCCAGGCCGGUCCGCGCGUCAACCUGACGCUGCGUAUGCGACACAAGCACGACGGUCACCGUUGGAUCGAAAGCAGUGGUAAGCUUCACCUCGAACAGGGCAAGGGCCGCAAAGUGGUCAUUUCUAGUGGCCGACCGCGUCCCGUGUACAACCUGGCGUGGGAGCAUGUGCGCCGUGGUGCCGAGUCGGCGCAGCCCUCGUUCUGGUCGAAGCUCUCUAUCGAUGGCGUCUUUCUGAGCACGACCGGUCCCGUCGCCGAGGUGCUCAACUGCGAUGGCAGGGACAUCUUUGGUCGCCACGUACUCGAGGUGACCAACUACGAGGCGGCGCCGUCGUUGCUGCAGGCGUUACGGAGCAGUCAGGCCAUGAGCGUCUCGCAUCUGAUGGGCGACGGUGCCAGCAACACCACACCCGUGCUCUCCUCGUUCUACCCUUCGUCAGCUGCGGCAGGCCCCGCGCUGUCCACAGUGUUUGUGCACAUUCAGCGUGCUUCGGCGGAAAGCUCGUGGAUGAUCCCGAAUGUGGCCUAUCCCAAGGGUGGUCCUCAGCCGGCCUUUGAUGCCACUGGCACCAGCGUCGACUCGCUCACGUCAGUGUUUGGAGAGCUGUCGACCUACCGCAGCUCGUCGUGGGUGUUUGAGAUGCACCAGCUCAAGAACGUCAAUCGUCGACUGAAGGACGAAAUUCGCGCGCUACGCCGCCAGUCGAGAGACCACUUGACCGCCAGCGGACACGGCAUGGCCGCGAACGGCGCCAAGGUGUCGGUGCCACCGAGCCCGACCGUAGCCGGAGGACGUCGACGCAGCGGACCUAUGUUGGAUCUUUCGGCGUUCAGCAUGGGUCAAGGCUCUUCGGUUCCUCACAUCCAGGCGCCGAGCCCCAUCAAGCGACGCCCGGAUCAUGGCCACGGCCAUCGUCAGCACUUGAGGCCGACGGCGGCGUUGACGUACCUGCAUGCCGGUCACAGCACAGAUUUCGGCAGCAGCAGUUCUUCGGGAUCCGAGAUCUCGCCCUUUGGAGAGAGAACUCUCCACGAACGUCGUUCGGGCUCGGGCGAUGCUUCGGACGAGACAGCGGCCACCACCACCACGUCGGGCGAUACCUCGGAGAAGGACGGCGGUUCCAACAGCGGCAGCAACAGUCGUCGCGGAUCUGGGUCCGCUGAGGCUUAG